GUUUCAUGAUAGUCAUAUUCAGAUAUUUUAGGCUCCUAGAUUCUCCUACAGAGGUGGUGGUUUGGGGACGUUAUUUGUGUUUCUUAACAUUUCUUGCCUUGGGACCAUCAAUUUCCCAUGGUCAUUAAGUUGCGACCCAUAUUCUUGCGUUCAAGCCAACUAAUACGGAUUUCACUGAUGAUGAAGACAUGGAUUCUUCUACAAGUGGCAGCGUUGGCUGCUGUUUCCCUCGCUCAGCAGGACUGCUACAGGGGAGCCUGCUACCCUCCGACGGGAGACCUGCUCAUCGGACGUGAGCAGCAGCUCCGCGCCACCUCCACCUGUGGACUCACGGGGACUGAGGUCUUCUGCACACCUUACGGACAGUGGAAGAUGAAGUGCUGCCCAUGUGACUCACGGAACCCUCAGUCCAGACAUGCGCACACCAUCCAGAACAUUCUCUCCACAGCUGGAGAGCACCGGUGGUGGAUGUCCAAGAAAGAUACCGGUCCCGUAUCUAUUCAGUUUGACCUGCCGCACAUGUUUCAGCUGGACAACCUCGUUAUGAAUUUUAAGGGCCCACGGCCUGAUGCCCUGGUGAUCGAGAGGACCACCGAUGGCGGACUCACAUGGCAGCCCGCCCGCUACAUGGCCACCGACUGUCGCAUCUUCCCCCAGGCCAUCCAGCCCAGGGGCCCCAGGCCAAACCCAGGCCCAGCCCUCGGGGAGGCCUCCUGCUACACACUCUCCCCACCCCCCGCAAACCCAUACGUGGACCAGAAGAUAUAUUUCAAUCCCCUUCGGCAGUAUUCUGAGCUUAACUUUCCCGACAGCUAUAAAAUUGAAGCCGUGUCUGGCUUCAACGGCCUUCGGAUUAACCUCACCCAGAUGGGUCAGGUGACCCAGAUGCCCGGCCGCUCUCUCAGCCGCUACUUCGCCCUCAGGGAGCUGAGAGUGAUUGGCACCUGCUUCUGCCACGGCCACGCCAACCGCUGUCUGCCCAUCACCAACAGCAACCAGCUGGCCGAAACACAGAUAAAUCCCAGGUGUGAGUGCCAACACAACACUGUGGGCAUGAACUGUGAACGCUGCGCGGACCUGUUCAAUGACCUUCCCUGGAGACCAGCUGAGGAAAACAGACCUAACCUCUGUCAACGCUGUGAGUGUAAUAACCAUGCCCAGCGCUGCCGCUUUGACCCGGUCCGUUACGAGUCCACCAACAGGGUUAGUGGAGGAGUGUGUGAGAACUGUCUGCAUCACACCACCGGACCCAACUGUGAACGCUGCGCCCCCAACUAUUACCCCAACCCCUACAGCAGGAUGGACCGACCGGAUGCCUGCCUCCGUUGCAGCUGCAAUGCAGCAGGCUCUGAGAGUGGAGGCCAGUGUGGCGGUAAUGAUGGUGCCUGCCGCUGCAAGGCCAACGUGGAAGGACCCAACUGUGACCGCUGCAAGAGUGGCUACUACGGCCUGAGCGCCAGCAACCCCCAGGGCUGCUCCAGGUGCGACUGCGCCUUUGCGGGCUCCCGCUCUCAGUCCUGUGAUCAGGUGACAGGGCAGUGCCCAUGCCUGCCCAAUGUCCAGGGCUUGAACUGCGACCGUUGCGCUGUUGGCUUCUGGGACCCCAACUCCCCCAGCGGCUGCCAGCCCUGCGACUGCCACCCCACCAACGCCAUCGGGGACACCUGUGAUCAGCUGACUGGUCAGUGCCGGUGCCGAUCCGGUUAUGCCGGCCGCACCUGCUCAGGUUGCCCAGACUUACACUACGGUGAUCCCUACACAGGCUGCCGAGCUUGCGAAUGUGACCCACAGGGCACUGCCAGCUGUGACCAGCGCACGGGCGCAUGUCAGUGCCGCCCCGGUGUGACCGGUGUGCGCUGCGACUCCUGCAGCCGCGGCCGCUGCGAGAGCUUCCCCGACUGCCCCGCCUGUCCCUCCUGCUUCCUUGACAUGGACGCCCAGCUGGGCAACCUCUCCCUGACCGUAAAGCGGCUUUCCAACUCCAUCCCUUGCCGAGGUGACUGCUCCGGGCCAAUCCCGGGAAACCUGGGCCUGCGCUUCAGUGUCCUGGAGGAAUCCCUGAGGGACAUCCGCGAGCAGCUGGCCCUCCCAACCCACUCCGCAGACAAACUGGACCGGACCCUCGGAGAGCUGAGCAGACUCAGGGACCAGCUGAACAGGCUGGACGGGGACCUCUCUGGCCCCUGGAGGGGCACCAACCUCAAGCCCCAACUGGACGAGCUCCAGCGUCUGCUGGACUCCCUCAGCGUCCUCCACAACGCCAAGAAGAACGCCCUGCUGAACUCUGUCACGGAAAACAGCAAUGGUGCUUUCGAUGCCAUCAAGAAUGCUUAUGAGAACUCUAACGAUGCUGUGAAGAAAGCCGACGGCACAGGCGAGACGGUCAAGGAGUCAUCUGACCUGCGCCAAGACGCUCUGGACAUACAGAACAGGGUCCAGCCAGCCAACACCAAAGACCUCAACAAACUGGAGGAGCAGCUGGCCACCAAGCCCAAUCUCACCCCGACCGCUGUCCAGGUGUGUGGCAGCAAGCGGACUGAGCCGUGUACCCCGGAGCAGUGCGAUGGCGAGCUGUGCUCUCCCGACGCCGCCCGCUCCUGCCUGCUGGCCGACGAGUGUGUGGGCGCUCUGCCCACUGCGGGGAGAGCUGAGAGAGACACCGAGGACGUGAAGGCCAAACUGCUGGAGCUCAGCCAGAACAUCACCGAGGCCAACGCACAGAUGCAGGACACCCAGGAGAAGGCCAAUCAGGUGCGACAGACAACUGACGACAUGACCAACCAGAUCAAAAAGGCUCGUGACGACUUGGAAAAUGAUCUUCAGGAGACCAGAAACUUUGUGAGGCAGCUCAAAGAUUUUCUGUCAGACCCCAGCACAGACCCCAACCGCAUUGACGAGGUCAGCAAUGAGAUCCUGAACGCCAAGCUCCCCCUUAGCCUGGACGCCCUGAAGAAGAAGCUGAAGGAGCUCCAGGAUCUGGCCGCCGGCCUGCCCGACAGCUCCAAGAUCCUGGAGGAGAGCCAGCCCCAGCUGGACCAGGCCGAGAAGCUUCUGGAAGAGGCCCAGAAUGCCAGGGAUGCGGCCAACGGGGUGAAGGACGAUGUGGCCGGGCUGCUGGACGGGUUGUCAGAGGUGGAGAGGUCUCUGGAUGAGAUGGAGGACAAAGUGGCACAAACCACGACCAUCCUGGAUGGUGUCAACCCCGAGAAGGUAAAGGCUGAUUUGGAUGAGGCUGAUGGUGGCUUGGGAGAAGUGACCGAUACCGUCGGCACCAGCAUCCCUGAGGAAAUGACUGAGCUGAAGGAUCUGGUCCAGCAGAAUGAUGACCUGGCACAGAAGGGGCUUGACAACGCACAGGAUGCUGAGGAGGCAGCCAAGGGCAUCACCCCGGACCUUGAGGAUUUGGAGGACAAAUUAGAGGAGUUGUUGAAAGCAGCAGAGGCUGCUGGGGAUGCGGGCGAGGCUGGGGAGACCCUCCAGAAGCUCAAGGAGGACACUAAGCAGCUGCUGGAGGACACAGCUGGCAUCAUGCAGACCUUAGAUGAAAAAGAGUUGUCCAUCAAACAGACUGUGGAGGAGUUCAAUCAGAAAUCCCUGCGUCUGCCUGGACUGGAAGCUACGGUCCAGAAUCUCAUUCAAGAAAUCCGGAGGGAGGCCAACCAGCACAGCAGGUGUAUAGGAUAAGCUCCACUUUACCUGCCCUGCCCUGCCCCAUCGUCUUGGGUUGGCCCAGUGCAACCACUAGAUGGCGCUCCCUUGAUCACCUACUCGGAGCCAUAUGGAGAGAGUUUGGCCAACUGGCGCCAUGUUGGAUACCAAUGUCAGAUGACUCUACAGUGAAACAUUAUGGGGCGAAUACGCUAUGUUGAAAUAAUGGUUAUAUUCAACAUUCUAAAAGCCAUAUAAAUGUUAUCAUCAAUGUCUGUCAAUAUGUAAAAGGCAUUUACAGAAAAAAUGGUCUCCAACAUGGUGCCCAUUCGAUUCCCUAGUUGGCUCUGCACCUACAUAAUUGUAAACUCUUCUGCUUGAUCUCCUGUGGGUGGAAAAAUGUGGAUUGUGCUGUCUGUUGUUCUGCCAUGUUGCCUAUAUAAUACUACCAUUUAUAAUAAAUUAUGUUAUUGCUUAUUUAUGUCACCAAGGUUUUUAUCUGUCUGGAAAAUGUGUAAUUUGUUGUAUCAUUUUCAGCACUAUUGCUGUCACUUUAAACCACUGAAGCAGAAUUCAGAUGUUACCUACAGUAUUUGUUACUUUUAUACAUCCUUGAAAUCGUUCUAAUUAAUUUAUAUUCCGUAAAUCUGUAAUGAGCCUUUUGUGAACCACUUAAUAAAUGAUUAUCAUGA